AAGAGUUACGAGUUGCGAGUCACAGCGGUAGAGGCGAGAAUGGAGGAAGGUGGAGCCUCGAGGGAGAAGCAGAACGGAAGUGCAACGCGUUCAUCUUUAAAAUCUGAUUCUCAAUGGAACAAACCCCAAAUCUGGAAGCAAAAGUUGAGGGAGAAUUGCUACAAAAGGGUGCGAGAGGAUAGAAACCGCUUGCUCUGGAAAUUGAGAUGCAACCAACGUCAAAAGGAACACCAUAUCGUUACAUCUGCAUUCGAAGACAUCGUAUCCGAUGAAUUCGACAAAAUCAACGGCGAUGACGUGUUAUGGGAAGAGUACGAAGGUCCUCACACUACUUACGAGGUUGAAUGCCAAGACAUACUCUUAGAAAUGCAAAGGAUAUUUUAUGAAGAUCUCAAAUCCCAACCACCCCUACAGGAUUUAGAAAGUGACAUUGAGGCUUGGGAAAAUGAAGUGGAUGAGUAUUUGGCUCGUGCAGUCUAUGAGCACAUGCAGCUAAACGGAGAUAAGGCCCAUAAGGAAGAGAUUUGGUGUCCUAUUUGUAAGCAAGGAGAGCUUAAAGACACCCACCAUCUUAUAUACUGCACUCGAUGUGAACUUCGACUAAACAAAGCUGACGAGCUGUCUUUGGGCUUUUUGCGAGACCGGCUGGCUGAAGUCCAUAUAGAGCAUCUUGACAGAGGCUGCAAAUUGAAACCCAAAUUUUGUAUUAAGACAAAAUUCAAUUUAACUGCAUUAUACAUUUCUUGCGAAGGUUGUGAUACAUUCGAAGUCGUAAUUUAACAAUUGUGUGACUGGUAUAUAAGAGUAUCAUCAGAGGUU